CAAAAUUGAAGGUCAAACAAAAACAGAGCACUACAUAGUAACUAAUAUAAGGUUAACUUUUAAUAGAAAUUCUGAUGGAUUUUGUUUAUAUAGGAUAUACAGAUCCAUUUUUAUCUUGAAUUUUAUUGAUCAAAAGUGGAUAGUUUUAUUAUCACACAAGGAAUUAACCAGAACUCGCCGGAGUUGACCAAAACCGGCUGUCAAAUCCGAAGUGGAUAGUUUUAUUAUCACACAAGGAAUUAUCUUGAAUUUUAUUGAUCAAAAGUGGAUAGUUUCAUUUACCUAGCUAUAUAUAAUUACUGUGAAUAUUUUAUAUUUCAUUUCCCUAGCUAUACACAAUUGCUGUGAAUAUCAAAAAAUAUUAUUGCACGUGUACCUUCUGAUGUUUAGAUAAAAGGUCAUUCAAUAUUUUCAUCACCCGAAGCAAAACUCUCAUAUACUUUGAUCUACCAUCUAAACUAUCAUUCUCAUUUGACAUUCUCAAUAUAAAAAAAUAUUAUUGUAGUAUUCAGAUUAAUAAUUCCAAACUGAUACCACAACAAUGAAUAAGUUGUGCAAAUUUUUUACAUCUUUAUAAUGACGAGCCAUUAGAAUAUUCUUUCUGUGCUAUCAAACCAAAUCCUGGGAAGGCACCUUCACGCUCAACAUAUUCCUUGUUUUAAGUGCCAUCAAUCUAUUUUCUAGAAUUCCGAGAGUCUAGAUUCGUAUCAACCACAGAAUAGUGGGUGUUAUUUUUUAGUUGAGUUGAAUCUUUUUACUUGACUCCGAGUUUUCACAUUUGCAUACACUUUGUUUUUGUGUGGGGGGGGGGGGUAUUUUUAGGCCUCUAUUUAGUUUUAUCUUUUUUCACUUUUCAGGGCUUUGGUUUUAUCCUCCCUUUCCUUUGUACUUGAUAUUUGAUCCAUUUUCAAAUGUCUUCACAGUUCUCAUGUGUUUGUUAUCUUACCUUUUGCUCGGAAUCCUUCUAUUAAUUGUUAACAGGUGAUAAGAAAUGGUGUUGGUGUAAAAACAUGUAACCUUCUGAUCCAUCAAAGAAACACAAUGUACACUGCAAAGUUGUUUCUCAGUAUCACAAAUCAUGAACCUCAACACUUCCCAAGCUGUAAUUUCAAUAAACCCUGUGCACAGAGUUCUAAUAUUUCAAAAAAAGGGCUAGCAAUGGCAUCGAUGGAUCUUUGAAGGAAAGAAAAAAAACAAAAAAGUCCACAACACAUUAAUUUUUUUAGUUUCCCUAUUGCAGGCACUUCUGUUGGACAUAGAACCAAUUGACGCAUUCUACACAAGGUUUACCUAGCCACGUGCCUCAUUCAGAAGGCCAGGUCUAAGGGAGUGUCACUGUUCCUUCCUCCUGAUGUUAUGCUUGCUGACAGGUUCUCUACUUUUGGAAAAACAAAUUUGAAGGAAAGAAAAUUCGCAUGAUUUAAUGAAUUAAAAAAAUAUCAUGUGAAUUUCAAAGAGUUUUAAUCAAAUUUGAAAUUCCUCCAUAUUCUCCAAGGUAAAAACCAACCCUAAAAUUUUUGCUUUCUAGACACACCCAAGGAUUAUCAUUCCUUUUGAGUAUUGAGGUGCAAAUUAAAUGAUGAAUGAUAAUGGUUGUGAUUAAUCACCUGGUUAGGGCAACUGCAAUACCAGAUGGCUGGAUUGAGUUAGAUGUUGGAAAUGAUACAAUCGAAUAUUUGGGGAAGCUUUGGAUGCCACCCAAACAAUUCUUCUCCAACUGGUCACAUCUCAUAAUUACUCCCACACUUCUACUAAUUACGGAUCAUGAUUAGCAUGUACGAAGCUUGUACGGCCAUUGCGAAGAAACUGGUACAGCUUAGUGGACAGGGAGUGACGACAAUAAUCCGAGGACGAAACUCGGUUGCAGAAGUCGAGAAAGUUGGGCUUGGAGCUAAGAUGAGCCAUAUCUCGACAGAAGAUCGUGCAAGCCGAGACCUACUUGAAAGCCGGUACAAAGCCGGCCAUUGCGAUUUGCGAAGAAACUGGUAGAGCUUAGUGGACAGGGAGUGACGACAAUCAUCGGAGGACGACACUAGGUUGCAGAAGUCCACAACGUUGGGCUUGCAGCAUUCACUUUCAGUUGCAUACAUGUUUCAUGUUCCACGGGUCGCAAGCUAUUAAAGUUCUUCCGAUUAAGGGUAGACUAGAAAAAAUAAUGGGAGUACCUCCCAAAUGCACCGAACUUGGAUUUUUUCUUACUCAUGGAAAAGGUCUUGGAAAAUGAACAACAAUUGCACGUACAACAUCGGAGAAUUGGGACCAUUGAAAAAUGAAAGGAAAAUAUGAACCUGAUGUCGGGAGUCAUACACCAGUUUUUUACUAAUCGGCAAAGUUGAUUUCCAAUGUUGCUGAUGUGGUAAUAUACGAAUCUGAUGCGCGAGUCAACUGCCAUUUAUUAUUUUGAAAAAGGAUCUAAACGUAUAAUGAAAUAAAUUUUACUCUUGAUCAUUACUUCUCAUGUACACUCCUAUGCACAAGUACACAUAAAAUUUCGUACUCGGAUUUCCCCUAAUCAUUCACACAAGGAAUUAACCAGAACUCGCCGGAGUUGACCAAAACUGGCUGUCAAAUCCGAAGCCACGUUCCGCAUAUUACGACGGCAGUUGUUGUGUCGAUAUCUUCUUUCUCCGGAUGAGCCUAGGGUUUCCAUCUUCACUCUACGAACAUAGAUCUCAAAUGGCAGGAACGAUGUUCCACUUCUCUCGAUACCUUCGACAGAAGCAACUGCAAAUCUACCUAGAUCCAGUUCAUGAUAUACCAAGUUCCUGAUCUAGAUCUGGUCAACUCGAAAAAUGAAACGGAGAAGAAGAAACAAAAGGAUACGAUUAUGAAGAGCAGAAGAGGUUUUAAACACUUGAGUCCCAUCUUGUCAAUGCAAAGGAGUGCAUUGGGUGUUUCAACAUAUAAGGAGCAAUGGUUUGAAGCCCAAUGGAGCAACCUAGGACUUGCAAUGGAGGUGAUACGAAAUGGUGUUGGUGUGAAAACAUGUAACCUUCUGAUCCAUCAAAGAAACACAAUGUACACUGCAAAGUUGUUUCUCAGCACUUCUGUUGGACAUAGAACCAAUUGACGCAUUCUACACAAGGAUGACCUAGCCACGUCCCUCAUUCAGAAGGCCAGGUCUAAGGGAGUGUCACUGUUCCUUCCUCCUGAUGUUAUGGUUGCUGACAGGUUCUCUACUUUUGGAAAAACAUAUUUGAAGGAAAGAAUAUUCGCAUGAUUUAAUGAAUUAAGAAAAUAUGAUGUGAAUUUCAAAGAGUUUUAAUCAAAUUUGAAAUUCCAACAUAUUCUCCAAGGUAAAAACCAACCCUAAAAUUUUUGCUUUCUAGACACAACCAAAGAUUAUCAUUCCUUUUGAGUAUUGAGGUGCAAAUUAAAUGAUGAAUGAUAAUGGUUGUGAUUAAUCACCUGGUUAGGGCAACUGCAAUACCAGAUGGCUGGAUCGGGUUAGAUGUUGGAAAUG